AUGAUUGUCGGCACGCGCUCAGGGUCUGUAGUGAAUCUGGGGCUCGUGAUUGACGCGACAGGCAGCGACACGUGUCUGCACGAUGUCAAGUCAUUGCGGGAGUCGGACGGAGUAGAUGUUCAGUAUGUCAAUCUGAAGGUUUACGGGAGUGAAGAUGAGGAAAUGGUUCCGGAGGUGCACGACAACAGGUUGGCACAAGCAUUUUGCAAGACGCUAUUCGGCCACUUGAAGGGCGAUGGAAAGGGUAUGGAUAUGGCUGUUUUUUGGGGCAGAUGA